GAAGAUCACUCUGUGUUCUCUGUGGGGAGAGAGGGAGAAGAUGUUUCUUAGGAGGUUCGCUGGGCCAUUGUUGGCGAAGGUGAAGGAGACGACGGGGAUCGUAGGCCUGGAUGUGGUGCCGAACGCAAGGGAAGUGUUGGUCACACUCUACUCGAAGACCUUGAAAGAGAUCCAAGCUGUCCCGGAGGACGAGGGUUACAGGAAGGCUGUGGAGAGCUUCACAAGGCAUCGGCUCAAGGUAUGCCAGGAAGAAGAGGACUGGGAGCAGAUCGAGAAGCGCAUCGGCUGUGGUCAGGUCGAGGAGCUUAUCGAAGAAGCCCAGGACGAGCUUAAACUCAUUGCCAAGAUGAUCGAGUGGGACCCUUGGGGUGUACCUGAAGGUUAUGAAUGUGAGGUAAUUGAGAACGAUGCUCCAGUACCUAAGCAUGUCCCUCUGCACCGACCAGGUCCACUUCCUGAGGAGUUCUACAAGACGUUGGAGGCUCUCAGUUCUCAACUAAAGAUUGAUGAUCAAGCAAGCACCUCUAAGGAGUCACAGUUAAAGGAGUGACCUAUUAAGUGCUUCCUUGGGUUUAAUCAGCCUGAAUACACAUUUGCAAAUUGGAAAGCUCUGCAAUUUUCUUGUUCUUCUGUAAAUGUUUU